UUUUGAAAUGAAAAGCUCUAUAUAGACAUAAACCAGUGUAAAGAGAAAGAUUUGUGGUGCACGAUGCUGCCGGGGGAGAUUAUUUUGCCUCUUCUGCUGCUCGGUGUGGGACUUUGCCAAAGUUUCCCACAUUACACGUACGAUGACAUGGACGAUGACUUGGCCAUGACCUUUGACUACUACAAGGACACGGACGAGGUGGAUUACAGAAACGGGAGCGUUUGCGAGGAGUGCAUGCCGGAGCUCUGUCACGAGACACGAGGCUGCAGAGCCGGGCUGGUGCGGGACAGCUGUGGAUGCUGCUUUGAAUGUGGAAACCUUGAGGGUCAGUCAUGCGAUCUGGGGGACAAGAACGUCCACUACGGAAUAUGUGGAGAGGGCAUGGAGUGUAAGCUGGACCCCAUUAAUGGAGCGUAUGAAGACGAGGGUGUCCACGACGCCCAGUGCGUUUGUGUUACUCAAGAACCGAUGUGUGGAUCUGAUGGCAGGACAUACAUGAACCUCUGCAAGUACAAAGAAGCAGCGUUCGAGAGUCCUGGACUCAAUGUGAGCGACGGCCCGUGCAAGACAGUUCCUAUCAUAAAGGUCCCGCCGCGUGACCUGGUGAACGUGAGCGGCAGCAGUGUGGUGUUUCUCUGUGAGGUGUUUGCCUUUCCCAUGGCCCUCGUGGAGUGGAGGAAGGAUGGGAAGGAUGUCAUUUUACCUGGAGAUGAUCCUCAUAUAUCUGUCCAGUCCAGAGGAGGCCCUCAGAAGUAUGAGCUCUCGAGUUGGCUGCAGAUUGAAGAAACUACCCGGGCGGAUUCGGGUACCUACAGAUGCACCGGGAGGAAUGAAGUCGGUGACGUCUCGGCUGCCGCUGUGUUGGGGAUUUUGCCACCAGACGAGAUGUCUGCCUAUAUGGCAGAAAACAUCAAAGACUUGGCCGGAUACGAUCCAAUGAGAUACUACGACGGAGACUACUACUGACUCACUUCACAUCCAGAAAAAGAAAAACACAAAUAAACAUCACAGUCGAUCUGAAAUGGCAUCUCAGCGAGAGACUUUGUGUCUGUAAGUCUGUAAAAACAUCUCCUGACUGGGGAACGUUGGUGGAACAUUGGGGGAACCUUUCAGCCGGUGUGAAAUCCCUUGGCACAAUCCACUGAGGAGAAACAAAAACACACAGAGACCCCAAGGAGGCAA